AUGUAUAAAUGUUUUGGAGUCGCUUUAACAACUCCAUUAGUCGCAAGACAAAAUGGUCUACCUUUAUGUGAUCUAGGAAAACUGAUACUCUGUUCGAUUACUCUCAGUCUCGAUAGAGAUCCCCUUGAAGUAGUUCUUGUUGAAAAAGGUGUUAUAUGUACUAAAAAUAAACUUGCCAAUUGUACAAAGGGCGACGAUGAAGUUGCUAAAU